AUGAACGAGUUACCGCAUCGUAUUCUGUACCAGAAUGCGGUUAUCACGUAUGCGGUCAAUUUCUGGUCUGCCGGAGCCUAUCGAGCCCUUUUCUUGAGGCAUGAAGGCUAUCUGGGUGCGAUGGGUGCUUUUGUGAAGGCGUUGGAUGAUUGGUCCAGCACAAAUGAACCAAAAACGGUGUGGGCGGAGAACUACGUGUCUAGCACACGGAAUGCACUGGCUACUGCCGAGGAAUACGUGUUACGUAGCCGACAGAAUAGCAUGGCUUCCAGUCAGGAAUUGCGUGGCGAUUCCGCAAACGAGCUGACCGAAUUGGAUCGUGGUCUUUCUCCUCCAGUCGCCACAAUACAAACAGAGGAUGACUAUACUGGUGGUGGAUAUUUGUCUCCCGGUGAUCCUCAUUUGUCUAUGAGCAGUAUGCAACGGGUUAUUGGUUCCGCCGAUUUGACUCCCGAGACCAGAUUGGGUUGCCGUGCAUCUGUUCUCAAACGUGCCAGUGUAGACACUAGUUAUUGUGAGUUGGAUCGAAUGAUGGGUUUUUCCUUGGAACCAUUCCCAUUGUUAGAAUCACCUACUACCUAUAACGGCGUUGAGCGCCACCGGAUUAAAGCAGAAGAAAGUCAGAUGGAUAGCAUGCCUGACGCUGCGGAACGUUCAAAACAAUACGCCGAUCGAUAUAUUAGCUAUCUACAAGAACUCGGUCAACAUCCAAGCAGUUGUGGUGUGCUUACCGUACGCUGUUUGUUGUCCGCGCAGCAGCACUUUUUGCGUGAGUUCGGAUUCGGGGACGCGUUCUGUCGACAGAAAAAGGUAAAUACUUUUGUGUUUUCUCUAUUUAUAUGA